AUGAAAUACGUCGAUAAUGGCGCUCGCUACGUCUGCAUUAACAAAUGGCCUUUUUACGUCCUGCCGGAUAACCUCAUCCUGGGGAGUGGAUUCCGCGCUGUUGUCCCACCGGGCGAUGCGAGGGAGGGCUGGAACAGCAUCCGGGUGUUGCAUAAAGAGUUGCAUCUCCUCCAGGAGGGCAUAAAGGAAAACAGGAUCGUCGUGGCUUCGAAUCCCGCUCGCGAUCUCGCACUGUUCGAAGAUGGCCAAUAUGCUGGUUUCGAAGCUGACAAUGUCUCCGGCGAAUGCACCGUGGUUUCGCAUGCCCAUUUCUGGACCCGAUCCCAUGGGGCCAUGCUAAACCUCCGACAGGUCGGAGCUCUCGAAGAGUUGUCUCGCAGGUACAAAUUCUUUGCCGGCAUUGAAGUCGACAACCUAUUUCUCAGGGAGAAGGACAGAGACGGCUUGCGAGAUGUUGGGGGAAAGUACAGUCUCACCUGUUGCGGUGCGGUCAAGUUCCUUGGGCCUAGGCCGCCGUCCAUCACGAAUAGCCUCGAGCUAUACUACUUGUGCAUACAACUACUCGAAGAGCGAUAA